CAUUUCAACGGGUGCUUGAGAGAGCGUACCGGACGAUCUCUGGUAUCUGUUCUUUCGUUUUUCAUUACCAAAACAUUUAUCAAUAUUGUUAACUGGGGCUUGCGUUGGAGCUUGAAGCCGAAGUGCGAGAGUUUUGGUUUUUGAUUCAUCAAACGAUUUUCAUGGCUGGGAUUUGCUGCGGAGUUGUUGGCGAGAGUAAAACACAGGCGGCGAUUGAGCCCAGUUCCCGACCGGCGAGGCGUCGUAGAGUGGACGUACGCCAUCUGAAAUUUGUUGCCGGUGUUUCCGUCCCGACACCGGAGAAGAGCCGUAAACGCCAGAAGCUAGAGGUUGAUGAUAAGACAGCUUCGGAGGCGGCGCGUGAGUGCGAAAACGCCUUAGAGAAUUGCAAAGUGCAGGAAGACGAAUCUGUAGAACUGAAAGGAGGUGUUUCUGUCCAGGUGGAGCAGGAUCAGUUGGUCCAGGAAUGCCCUAAAUUUGGUAUGACGUCUGUACGUGGCAGGAGGAGAGACAUGGAGGACGCUGUAUCGAUACACCCAUCGUUCUGGGGCCAAGACGCCCAAAAUUGUACUGGAUUACACUACUACGGCGUUUACGACGGCCACGGCUGCUCUCAUGUGGCGAUGAAGUGCAAAGAUCGGAUGCAUGAGAUUGCAAAAGAGGAAAUCGAGAGAUGUGGGCAAUCAUGGGAACAGGUGAUGGAGCGAAGCUUCUCGCGCAUGGACAAGGAGGUGGUAGAAUGGUGUAAUGGUCAGUCGAGCUCGAAUUGCAGGUGCGAGCUUCGGACGCCGCAGUGCGACGCAGUUGGAUCUACGGCCGUUGUUGCGAUUGUAACGCCGGAUAAGGUUGUCGUUUCUAAUUGUGGUGAUUCCCGCGCCGUUCUUUGCCGUAACGGCGUCGCCAUUCCUCUGUCAUCCGACCACAAGCCUGAUCGACCCGAUGAACUGCUACGGAUCCAGGCCGCCGGCGGUCGUGUAAUAUAUUGGGAUGUUCCACGGGUUCUCGGAGUCCUAGCCAUGUCCAGAGCUAUAGGUGACAAUUACUUGAAACCGUACGUAAUUUCGGAACCGGAGGUGACGACAUGGGACCGAAGCCCAGAGGACGAGUGUUUGAUCCUGGCAAGCGACGGACUAUGGGACGUAGUGUCCAACGAUACAGCAUGCGGAGUGGCACGUAUGUGUCUGAAUGCGCAGGCGCCGCCGUCUCCGCCGUCUCCGCCGGUGUCACCGGAAACUGGAGCUGGGAUAGGUGCAGGCGGCGAGAGCUCCGACAAAGCUUGCUUAGAUGCGUCUAUGCUGCUGACGAAGUUGGCCUUGGCUCGGGAUAGUGCGGAUAACGUCAGCGUGGUUGUAGUUGACCUGAGAAACAAAUAAAAAAAAAAUCCCAGAAAUUCUGUUCUUAUUAAAUACUACUGGUAAUGGUCUUUUGUCUUUUUUUCUACAAUCAAAAGAGAGGGAAAACAAGAGAGAUUAUCAUUCAGAUGUUUAGUGGACUGCACAAAAUGUGCAGAGAAGAAUGAAUUAUACAAGUUUAAAUCUUAGACUGUGAAUUUGAUGACCACCAUGUACAAGAAAGCGAAGGGAGAUAUGUUUUUAUCACCCUUGGAAUCCAUGAUUAAAUACCCUUAUUGAUCUUUC